AAAGUAAAACCCAAUGCAAAAUCGAUUGCAUCGAAUCGAAUUUAUUCGUACUCGUCGUAAAUUUUUCGUGUGAAACGGCGAAGGUUAAGCAACGAUAUCUUGAUAAGAAGAUAAAAGAAAAAAAAAGAAGAAAAAGAUAAAAAAACAGAAAAGGAAAAAUAAAUAGUAAAAAAAAAAAAAAAAAAAGAAAAAGAAAGAAAGAAAGAAAAGAAAACAAUACCAGAUGUAUAAACGUGGAUUUCAUUCGAGUAUAAAUUUUGUCGUUUCUGUGACUGAGGCGAGUCAAUCUUUCAGUACACAUAAAUCCUGGCAAAGCGUAUUUUCGUAUUAACAUAUAUUUUAAUACGUAUUCACUAUUUCCAAUAAUAAUGUCCGCGUCCGCGCGCGCGUGUGUGUGUACGUGCGUGUAUAUGUGUUAUUAAAAAAUAUUCUUUUCUAAGAAUACGUGUGUAUAUAUAUAUAUAUAUGUGUGUAUAUAUAUAUAUAUAUAUGUAUAUAUAUGUUUAUGUGUAUUUGUAAAGUGAUCUUGUAUGCUUGUAAAUCGUGGUUUUCUUUUUUAACCAUUACGAGUGGCUUUUACGAUAUAAGUGUUUUGAGUUCAAGUGCUUCUGCCUACGUAAAACGUCGAUUUUAGAUCUAUCGAUCGAUUACUAACGUUAGACGUAAGGUAAUCGAAUACGUCGAGCUUCCUCUUUGGCUUGUCUGGACGAGAAACAGGAAGAGGAAUAAGAAAAAGAAGAAGAAGAAGAAGAGGAAGGAAUAGCAACGGAAUAUCGACAAGUUAGAACUUCGAGAAUACUUGAAAAAAAAAGGAGGAAAAGAAACAAAAAGAAAAAGAAAAAGAUCCUUUUGAAAAUGUAACAAUAGAAUUUAUAAAUAAAUCACAUUAGGAUCAUAAAGAUCCAUCCUUAAUGAAGAUGAGCGAUGAAACAUUUGCAAAAACUUUGAUCGGCGAUAUACCAUACGCCGAUGAAGAUGGUUACACGAUUGAACAAAUACCACGUUCGAGAUUGGUAUCGAAAAUAUCAACGAACGAAAAAGGAAAUUCGAUUCGUAAUUCUCAAAUAUCAUCGCGUAACACAAGAACAAUUAUUUUCGAUAAAAGGGAGAACACAAAAAACGAUAAUAAUCGUAUGGCCAAUCAAAAGUACAUUUAUACGGAGAAAAAAGAUAACGAUCAACGUUUGAUCGGUAAAAGGAUCGACAAAUUUCAAAAUCCUUUAAAAAAUCGAUCGAAACAAUCGCCACAAUUACCAAUACCAUCGACCCCACCACCACCACCAUUACCACCACCAUCACCUCUUCAACAACAAUCUCAACAACAAAUACAACAACAAAGUGGAUACUCGAGUAGCGAGGAAAGUAUAAUAAGGAACAAAUCUAAAAGUAUUAGCUCGGCGGAUACUCAAUCGGUAAAUAACAUACUUGAUGAGUAUGAGGAUGAAAGGUUGAUUGAGUCCAGUGACGUAGGUAGUACGUGCACGAUGAAUGUAAUAAAAUCUCGUAACGUAGAACAUCAAAGGAACAAGAGAGAAAUUCAACAACCUCAGCAAUAUCAUAAUAAUAAUCAUAAUAACGAUAGUAAUAAUCAUCAUCGUCAUCAACAGCAACAACAACCACAACAACAGCAGCAGCAGCAGCAGCAACAACAGAAGCAACAAAUAAUAAAACGAACGACUAUUUCAAGCGAAAAUAAUUUGAUGUCGUCACGUCGAAAUGAAAAGGAUGAAACUAUAACAAAAAUAAUAAAUCGACAGGUACAAGGUAGACAAAGAUCACGCGAUAGAGUUAAAGAUCCAACUAGAUAUUCGUCGUCGGCAUUAACAUCAUCGUCAUCGUCAAAACGAGCGUCACCAUUGAUUAUCGAUAAUAUCGAUCGUACGAAUUCAAUGACGAUGAUGUCGACUACGUCGUCAUCUAGAACAAACGAGGACGAUUUACCGAGGAAAGGUGAGGUUCAAAGGCGCGUUGACGAAUGGUUGAAUCAAGCGCAAUUACAAACUACGAUUAAUAAACGCGAUAAACCAUUAAUCAGAUCAAAUAGUACCGCCGAACGACGUACCACUCAAAGAAGAUGUCGUCAGGAUCCAAGGUCAAGGUCGAUCGACGAGUCAACCGAUCGUACGAACAAUGGCGGCCCUAGUGGAACAGCAGGUGUUGGAGUUGGAGUUAGUGGUGGUGUGGUUGUUGUUGGUGGUAGCGGUGGUGGUAGUGGUGGUGGUGGUGGUGGUGGUAAUAAUACGUCGAGUUACGACGAUCUAACGCGUACAAAUAAAGAAUCAUCCGGGACGUCAUUAAUGACAAAUAUUUUAUUUAACAAAGGAACAUAUAAAGAUUAUCUUUUGAUAAAGAACAAAACGAGACAACAGGAUUAUGGAUUUUUAGCAUCUAAUGGUAUUAACAGAAGGGAUAUAAGUCCGAAUACAUCAUCUAGAAUACCUCAACGUGGUUCGAGUUUUAAACGUACAAAUAUAAUAGAAUCGAAGGAUAAUAAAUUAUCUAAUUCAGAUUAUAAUGAAAAUAAUGGAUUAUCAUCAUCCGUGUCAGCGAUUGUUUUAUCUAGAAAAUCAUCAUUCAAGAGAUCUUAUAAAAAUGAUCAUCGUAUUGAUCGUAAUAACGUCAUAACAACGUCCCUCGAUGGUGGUGGUGUUGGUGGUGGUGGUGUACCGUCGUUAAUUAAACAUAAUGUAGAGGAUAAUGACAAGGAUCGAACGAUUUUAAUUGAAGACGAUAGAGGUCAAAAAAUCGACGAGGAUUGGUUCGUGAAAAUAAAUAAAAAUGGCGAUAUAGGUGGAUACGAUUGUACGAUCAAAAAAGAUGAUAAAAAAUCAGAUGUAACUAAGGUUGUUCAUUCUAAAUCUAAUCAUGUGAUGGUUGGUCAAAGGGAUAAUAUUACGAGAAAUGAUUGCGAGGAUAAGGGUAAUCUUGUUAGCGUACAAGUACGUUUACCAACCUCUCAAGGUCAAAUAAAUUGGAGAAAACUAAAUCCAAGGAAAGCACCGAUAUUACCCAGAAAGGAUUCUAGUGGUUCUCAUUCAAGGAAUCAAUGUACUAUUGCGUUAAACGAGACACCGGGUACGACUAGAUCGUCUACGUUCAAACCUAACGAACGUAAUUACGUUAAAUCGGUUAAAUUGUUGAAAAAGGAUAAUAAUACGAUUGACAAUGUGAAAUAUAUUUUCUCGUCGUCUUCGUCCUCUUCGUCCUCUUUGGUAUCCUCGUCUAAUCACGUAGAAAAGAUUUACGAACGUACUUUGGAACCCCAAGUGAUUUAUGCUGACGAUUUACGUUCGAUCCUUCGGCCAUCUUUACGCAUAUCUGCUUAUGGCGAACGUACGGAUACGUGUGAAUGUGAUACCGAAGAAGAAAAUCUGAGAAAACGACAAAAAGAAGGAAGAAGAGAAAAGGAGGAGGAGGAGGAGGUGGAGGAGGAAGAGGAGGAGGAGGACGAAGAAGAGGAGGAAGAAGAAGAAGAAGGAGAAGAAGAAGAAGAAAAGGAGAAAGAUGAUGGAGAAGGAGGAAAAGGAAAAGGAAUAGGAAGAAAAGAAGAAAGUAUAGGAGAGACCGAAGAGGAGAUUUAUAGUAGGAUCGGUGAAACGAGACAGGAGACUCUUGAGACUAUCAUGGAAGACGAUAGAAAAGUUGAAAUUGUUCGUUGUAAUAAAGGAUCUGUGACCUUGGACGAUUGGAAAACUAUAGAUCAGAUUAAUUUGAUCAAUUCCGAUGAGAAAUCGUUGGAUACUACUACGAUGAUGUAUCAUCGUUUUUCGAGUAAUACCAAGGUUGAUAAUAAAAUGGACGAUGUCGAUGUGAAAAAUGAUGAUCCGAUAGAGAUUGACGAGGAUAAUUAUAAUCUGAACGAUCGAUUGUUAAUAAUUAAUAAUGAGAAAAUAUUUUCUAUUGAUGAUAAAAAGGAUGAUUGUUUAAUGAAUAAAUUUAAGGACGUGGAAGAUACGCAUGUCGUUAGAUCAAUGAUCGAGAACGAUGUGUCGAUUCUAUCUUCGAAAGAAAAUAAUGAGGACAGAUCGAGCGUUAUGGUGGUUAAAGAGAGUCUUCUUAAGAAUUUACAAUUUGAUGCUGGUCUGCCGGCGAAAGUCGAACGUCGAAGCGAGUCGAAGUACGGCGAUCAGCAAGCGAACAGGUCGAAGCGGUUCGACGAUCGAGGAGAACUCGUUGAGAGAGACGAGAGAAAGGGGGAAGAAGAAGAGAAGAAGAAGAAGAAGAAGAAGACCAGAGAAGAAAUGGAACACUCGAGGCUGAUGGAUUUGCUCAGAAAUGGCGACUACGGAGCAGUUAAAUUGGAACUCGAAAGAAGUUCAUCGAGAGAGACAUUGUCAUCGCCAGUUGGAAACAGUCCAGUUUGUUGUCAACCAUGCAGUCCACCUUGCAGUCCACCACCGGCACCAGCUGCAUACAUAUCAAGUGCUCGUGCCUCUUCAAGAAGACUCACUACCGGAAGUGGACUCGGAGGUCUUCCAUCUCCGGAAAGAGAUCCUUUUGGAAGAUUACUCAGAUUCUUGAAGACAUUCUACACCGAACUGGGAAAACGUGAUCCACCACAUAUGCCAUCAUGGGUAUGUCCUUUGCCUCUUGGAAGUCUUUGCCCGGCUCACUUCAAACCACACCUACAGUUGGUGCACAAAAGUGAACAGGAACAUCGUCUCGAGAACAUCAAGCCGGACCAGAUCUUUGCACCUGUCAGAUUAAGCGAUGGCACCGUAUCGGAAGCGCCUAGGAGAGUUGCCGUUGAGGGUGGUCCAGGAAGUGGAAGGACAACACUUUGCUUACGUUUGCUCUAUCAAUGGGCAAUCCAAGCAGAAGGGCCGGCUUUGGCGUUCAUCGUACCACUUCGUGAACUUCGUGGGAGUCCACUUUUAAAUUAUUUGGCCCGAGAACUUCUACCAAGAACAGCAGCCCUCGGAGAUGCCGUGGCACAAGUUUGGCGUACGUUACAUCUAAUGGAAGACCGAGUCUUGUUUAUAUUGGACGGUUACGACGAGUGUAUAGGAGGAAGGGCGUCUCUUGGUGAUGCAGCUGACCUUUUAGAAGGUCGAUUAUUCCCAGAGGCAAGAAUACUCGUUACCUGUUCGCCUAUCAACACAGCAACUUUAUCGCCAUUGGUACAGAGAAGAAUUCACUUGGCUGGUUUAGAAUGGCCUCACGUCGAGAGACUCUGCGUAGCAUAUUUUAUUCACAACAAUAUGGCAGGGAGAGCUUGCGAAUUUUUAGAAGCAUUGAACGUUCAACCACAACCCGUCAAACAGUUGGGUCAACAUCCGCUUGGUUGGAUCAUGCUUUGUUGUCUUUACCAGGAUUCUGGAAGUUUACCAACAGAAACGAGUGCUCUGAUGCAUGCUGCGGUGAAGUGUAUCGUAAAGAGAAGCCUCGAGCCAGCAAUACCUUACGAAGAAGAGAUUCCAGGACAUUGUAGGAAACGUUUGGAAGAGUUCGGCAAGGUAUCACUAGCUGCAUUAAGGGAAGGAAGGUGUUGCUAUACCGAAGCUGAAAUAAGAGCACGUGGUGGUGGCAUUGAAGUGACCAGGCUAGGUUUUCUCACUAAAGGAUUGACCUUUGGUCAAAGACGUAAACCGGAUCUCUUCACUCCUAUUCACGUUGCCGUGGCCGAGUUCCUUGCAGCUUAUUACCUCACCUCGGUCGCUCAAUACGCGAACAUCCUAAGAAGAGAACUCGAAGGUCUACCUUCUGGUAUCAUAGGACAUCUUGCUGGUCUUUUAGGACCGAAGACUCACCUUAUUCUUAAUCAGCUUUGCCCAUUAGAAGUACCACCUAGAUCAGUAUUCUCUUUAUUAAAAGCAGCUGGUGCAUCGGACGGUAACGUUUCAGCUGUUUGUCGAUUGGUAGGAGCAGGUUCUGGAUUUGGACCAGCCCCUAAUGAAAAACCACCAGCACCUUUGGUACACACUUCACCUUUAGAACUAGAAGGUUGGUCCAAAAUACUCCAAAGCUCGGCUUGUACACUCGAGGCCCUCGAAUUGGUCUUCCAAUUGGAAAGGGGAUUCGACACAAGGUAUCUCGAUGAAUUCUUCGAUGCAUUAGCCACUAACGAGAGUGUCAAACUCGUUAGGAUUACCUCACUACUUGGACAAGAAUUCCCUGCCGACGAGGCACUAAGACUCGCUGGACAUUUAAAGAGUGUACUUGGAAAGAAGAAACUCAAUGAUUUCGAGCUUGUCAUCACUUGCCUUGAAGAAUCCGCACAUGACAAAUUGGAAUGUGUUGUGAACGCUUUGUGUCGUGGCCUAAGUCAUGCUUCUAAUAGCUUGGCACGUUUGGUUCUCGACAUGAAUCUGUCCGGCGAACAAGUAUCACGAAUCUGCGAAGCACUUCGUGACUGCGUUCAAGUACAGGCACUGCACUUGCCCCAUUUGGGUUGUGGCUCAGAAGGUCUUGCCUCCGUUGCUGAAUUGCUCAAGGAGAGACCCCUUCUUGCUCUUAAUCUAGCUGGAAGUUGGGGAUCCAAGAACGAAGAUCCUUCUAGUUCAGGGAUCAGUAUGGGUUCAGGUUCCGGAUCUGGUAGUAGUGGAUACGCCUCAAGUAUCCUCGGCACACUUCCCUUAAAUCGUUGCUACUCUUCUUUACCGCGCGGUGCUUUGGCAGCUUAUGGAAGUUUAACCAGGCCAGCAACCUUACCAAGAUUACCUUUUGGACUGGGUCUCGGCCUUGGUCUUAGUCCAACGAUCGCUCAUGGACAUGGACAUGGUACUGGUAGUACUACUGGACCUACCAGUUCUACUACUACUGCUUCUACUUCAACAGGAAACGAAAAUGGCACUGCUACCGGAAACGGACCUUUGCCACAAAAUGAUAGUAACGGCAGUAGCAAGCGAAAUAGUGACAGUGUACUUUGUCAUCGACCACCUCUUAUGCAUCCAUUACCAACCUGUGACAUCAGCAGUCACCAGGGUACCGGAUUUCAUGAGAUCUUCAAUGCUAUUAGAGAGCCAAGCUGUAAGCUGAGAUCAUUGAACGUGUCAAAGUGUCUUUUGGGUGGUUUGGAUGCUGGCUGUUUAGGAGAAACGAUAAGAAAAGCACGAUACUUAGAUGCUCUUAGAGCGGCCGGUGCUUCGAAACCAGCUGAUGUGAUGCCUCUAGUCCUGGCCUUGACAGAGGCACCUUGUCUUCAACUUCUUGAUCUAGCAAGUCCAAGACUAGCCCUUGAUGAUCAUCCAUCUAGACUUCUCUGUCAAGCACUGGCUAGGAAUACAACUUUAAAACUUCUCAGUCUUGAGGGUUGGACCUUCAGAAUAGAAGAAUCCGAAACUCUAGCGGUAUUCUCAGAGUUACUGAGGUAUACGAACGUGAGGGAAUUGAGUCUAUGUAAUGCUCGUCUCCACCUGGCAGUCCACGAAGGUCCUCUUGCGAGAUUAGGACGUCGUGACGAUGCUGGUGCCGAGUUACUACGAGCUGCACCUCCUCCAGCUUGUCCUGCUAUCGUCUUUCUCAGAUUGGCUGGAUUCCAGGUGACGGUAAACGAUCGGCUGGCAUUACGCGGACCUCUACUACUUCCAUUCUUAGCAGGCUUCACCGGUUUAAGCGAGUUAGAUUUAUCGUUAGACAAAUCGGCCAUAGGAGGUAGCAGUGGAUCUUUAUUAUUUAUUGACGACAAAAUACUCCAACAAUUUUUUGCUUGUCUCUCUUCACACUUUCGCAAUUUACAAUCACUAAGAAUCAGUUUUUGGCGUAUCAGUUUAGAGGACAGCGAGAAAACGAUGCGUCAAAUAGCAAAGCAUUUAAAAAUUUGUAAUUUGAGUUUUCUUAAAAUGAAUGGCUUAAUUGUCACCGACAGCGCCAAAAAAACACAAAUGGAACAUGUUUUUCUUCAAACGAUUAUUAUGAAUCUUCAAUAUCUUACUUGGCUUUGUUUAGAUGGUAUCGAAUUAACAGAGAAACAAGCAUCGAGUAUUGGUAAAUGUACGAGAGAUCGUUAUACAGGCAAUUGUUUUGAGAUUAGUGCUAAGGAUGUUAACGUAAGAUCAGUCAAAGCUUUGGUAGCAGCGAUUGAAGAAGCUGGUAGAGCUGAGGUAGUCUAUACCGGUGGUUCCAAUUGUCGAUUAAAAAUUACUAUGUUACAGAAGAGUGGUAAAAGCAAGAAAAAAUGAAUCCAAUAAAUGAAAAGGAACAAGAGUCAGAACUGAAAGCAAAAAAAAAAAAAAGAAAAAGAAAAAGAAAGAAAAAAUAAUAAAUACCAGGUUGAAUCCUGUCAAAGUAGAAUGUUCCUAGCAAGGUAUAUUAAAGAAAGAAAGCUACUAUUAUUAGAAUAGGAGAAAAUAAAAAGUGAGUUGAGGAAUAAGAAAAGAGAUACGUAUAUUGAUUUUUAGGUUUUUUUUUUUUUUUCAAGAGUACAGCCUUUUUUUAGCAAACAACUUUGUUUAGAUUUUCAUCUGUAAAGAUGGAUAAUACACAGGAAAUAAAAAUUGGGACCAGGAUCUCCCAGUCCUCUGUAGAACAAAUGCUUAUAAAUUACAACGUUGAUAAUGAUAAUGAUGAUGAUGAUGAUGAUGAUGAUAAUAAUGAUGAUGAUGAUGAUGAUGAUGAUGAUGAUGACGAUGAUGAUGGUAGAUGAUGAUGGUACAUGAUGAUGAUCAUGAUGAUAAUGAUAAUGAUAAUGAUGAUGAUGAUGAUAAUGAUAUCUCAAAGUUUGGAUUAGAAUAGAAAAAAGGGAAUGACUUAGAUUCGCUACUAGCUUUGCUCUUAGUCCUUUAACAGUAUUCAUUUCCUUGAAUUAUUCAAAGAUAUUACUAUUAUGGGCUAAUUAUUUGAUAAAUAAAAAUAUAAAUAAAAUAGACUUUGUCGAGAAAAGAAAGAAAGGAACAUUUGAACUCGAAGGCUUUCAUUAAUCAUCAAGAUGAAAUUUUCUUUUUGCUGUUUCUAUAUCUUGUCAGAAUUCAUAGCUUAAUGAUCGUAGCAAGACCAAAAUUCAUAAUAAUAUAUGCGUCUUAUUUUCUCGAUUGGAAUGUUUAUUAAAGAAGAGGCUGUUGCGACUGCGAUAAUUAUUACGUUCAUCGUUGUUAGAUGGAUUGUAAGAUACGACUCAGAGUAAUAUAUUAUUAUCACUAGUACAUUAUAUCGUCGAUAUUAUUAAAUGUUGUAUAUGGAAGUUAUGAUUAAAAAAUUUGACAAAAAAAAAAAAAAUAAUAAAAUAAAGAAAGAAAAGAAAAAAGAAAGAGAGAGAGAUUAAAAAAAAAAAAAAAGAAACAGGUUUAAGGCAAGUAACAUAUUGUUGGAAUUUUAGAGAAAUUUUAUAUUAUAAAUUUUAACCCUAACAAAUCCAAGAUAGAUAUGAGAGAGAAAGAGAGA